UUGUAGAAGGCCCUUAACUCUCUUGCUCCGCGAUAAGAGACCUCUAUCAGCUGCGACUCGGUAGAAUUUUUUGCGCCGUAGAAUAUUUCACGUCUUGAGAGACGAAGUCAGAAUAAAAAAAUAAUUGGAUGAAAAAAUAUGCAAAUGCAGCAAAAAACAGAAUUUCUGAUAAAAUUCUUCUUCCGAUGCUGUAGUAUUUGUUAUACGACAUAUAUACUUUCUCAAUGUAAAAUCAGACAUAGAGAUACGCGCGACAUGUAUAUAUCGUUGACGGUGUGACGAAUUAUCGAUCGAUAACCUAAAAAUGUACGCGUGAUUAAUUUUAUAGUCGCAAUAUUCACACGCUCAUGCAAAUUUCACACAUAUGAUAGAAUAUCCUUUUGUAAAUAUUAAGUUAAAGGUACCGCUAAUAUGCUAAGAGUUAAAGACUCGUUACAAUGAAUGAUUCGUACGAGCUCAACCUAAAGAAUGUAGCCGGCUGGCUUGCGUCAGGCGCGAUGAUUUUCGGCGCGAUUAUACCGUACGUGCCGCAAUAUAAAGAGAUCAAGAGAAAAGAAGAUGCGGAAGGAUUUUCUCUCUAUGUCUGUCUUACUCUUUUGAUCGCUAAUACUCUCCGUAUAUUAUUUUGGUUUGGCAAACGCUAUGAGCUUCCACUUUUGUUGCAAAGUAUACUUAUGAUUGUGACAAUGUUUGUUAUGAUUAAGCUUUGUAUCAAUAUACAAAACAGAACUCAGAUAAUCAAAGGAAAAGAGCGUGUACUUACAGAUUUUGAUGCUAGAUUUUUCUGGAAAUGGACUGACUUCAAGUCUUAUUUGAGUUUCAUGGUUAUAUUUGCUGUCAUAGGAGGUUUAUUAACAUAUUUACUUGUGGAUAUACCAAUAUUUAUUGAAAUUGUUGGAUUUCUAGCAGUGUUAGUAGAAGCUAUGCUGGGGGUUCCACAAUUUUUGCGUAAUAUGUCUAACAAAUCAACUAUAGGAAUGAGUAUAGCUAUGGUAGCUAUGUGGACCAUAGGAGAUAUUUUUAAGACAUGCUAUUUUGUGUUAAGAGAUACCCCAGUGCAAUUUCAAGUGUGUGGCGCUCUUCAGGUCACGAUUGACAUUGCUAUUCUAGCACAAGUGUAUCUAUACAAGACUAGUAAUACUAUUCAUACAAGAGCUCCUACAAGAUCGGACUAAAAAUUCAGUGAAUUCUAUUC